AUGCUCAUCGACGGUGAAAAGUGGGCCUGUGAAGCUUGCGUUCGCGGUCACCGUGUGACUACCUGCAAGCACCAUGAUCGACCAUUGAUCCAUAUCAACCGCAAAGGCCGUCCCUUUGCAACGUGCUCCAUUUGCAACUGCACCCCUUGCGAAGCGCCCGAGGACCACGCCAAGCUCAAA